AUUAAGCGUCUUGCUAACGCUAAAACUUGUCACCCUAACAUUAUUAAAUUAUAUGGGAAUUCAGGAGUAUUAUACUGGGAACUUAUAAGUGGAGUUUCACCAUUUUAUAAUCUAAUGAUGAAAAUAAUGGAAAUUGCAAAUAAUGAUAG